AUGAUCCCAUACUACCCACAAAUAUCUUCAUUUCUUCCAAACACCAAAAUCUACAAUUUCGAUCCAUCAAAAAGUCUAGUUGACAGUCAUGGUAACACUAACUGUCGUCCUCCCCCAUCACACACAAAAUGUCUUUGCCAAGAAAAAGAUAGAUCCGUCUUUCAACCAGCCAUCUACAUUUGGAAAAUGAGCUUAAGAAACCCUUGGCUUAUCCUAUGUGCCCUGGUCUUGACAUUCGUACCAAGCUGCCGGGCACCUCCGAUAGAGUUGAAUGAAGCCGAGUUGAGUCAUGCAUUAGUUGCAAUGACAAUCCUAAGAACAAUCCUACUCGGGUAUCUGGCUCACAUCGCAACAAUUCGACCUGAAUUAGUGGGUCCUACAAAUUCAAUUGUUCGUCGCUUUCAGUGCUUUAUAUUCCCUUCGCUGGGUACUGCUAUGGCUAUCAAUUCCAUAUAUUAUGCGUACAAUGAUGAAAAAAUUCUGGGAACCAAUCAAUUCAAAGUACCGUUAGAAAAGUAUGCAGAGCAGGCUCAAAACAUAUACCCAAAGGAUCCUAAGCAAAAUACCGAGAACCAAAACCCAUCGGGCUCAUCAAUAUCGCCAAGCACGGAAAUCCCAAAGAAUCAAGGUUUGAAAGUGGACCUUACAAACCAGAACAGACACUCGAGACCAUCGGUAUCAGAGAUAAAAUACGUGGGAGACUGGAUAGUUGAGUAUCUCAAGACAAAUGACAAUGUUAUGAUUAAGGAAUACGACAACGCAGCAUAUCUUGCUGCAUUUCUAUAUUUAAUUGGCCCCGAGAAGGCCAAAAAAAUUAAACACUGCAUUCUGAAUAAGCAUCUUAUUCUGGGGUUUGCUUCUGCAAUUUAUGCGCGUAGGCCAAGACACUCCGUAAUUCUGACUGAAAAAUUUACAGUGGCUGGCCCUGGUUCAGAGUGUGAAUAUCAAACCGAGAUUGUUCCUCAAAAUACCCGUUAUCUAUCAAUCGAUAUGAUAAGCCAGCUCAGAACUGCCUGCAAUAUUGACAGUACUUCAUACAUCGAAAUAUGUGUUACUAUCGGGCAAGCAAUAUACACUACAACUGAGUGCAUUACAAUGACCGGAGACAAAUGGACAAAAUCUAUCAUGAUUAUAUACACUGCAAUGUCAAUCCUUCAGACACUCUCGCUUAUUAUUCUGCACAAACAAAGUUCCCCGUUCAGCUUAUACUACUAUAAAGAUAUACCCUGGAGAGAAGCUUUGGCCGACAACGUCGUGAAUGAUGCAAAUACAUGGAGAAAAGUGGAGGUGUUUGACAAUGACAAAGAAAGACUUAGCCCUUCUAGUAACGAUGGUUACUAUGAAUUACUGUAUGAAGGAAGCUUCCUACAAUUUACGAUUGAGAGGCGCGAAUUCAAACAAAGACCUGGAGAGGACUUGUGGGCUCAAAACUACUAUCUCAACAUCGUAAUAUCUUCAAUUAUAGGCGUAGGAAUUCCUCUGCUUAUUUGUAUCUGGGCGGAUUACAAUGCCAAGAGCAUUACUGAAUGGCUAGUAUUAUCCUGGAUUCUUUGUUCUGCCAUCUUGCUUUUGGGAAUAUUUUCCCUAAAGUUUAAUUACCAUGCUUAUUUUGUACUCAUGUCUAUUUGCUUUAUUAUAAUCGCAAUUGGAGGCUGUGGAUGUCUGAUCGCUGCAACAAUUAUUGGGUAUUUACCAUAA